GAAAUGUCGUUGAUGAAGCGACGAAAGGGUUCCAUCAAUCACCAUGCCGUUGAUCAUCGCCACUUUGGCAUCCCUUGCUUUGUGCUUCGCCCCUGCUCCGGGUGCGGCGGCGACGGUCUCGGCGCGGCGUCCGCUGCGGGGCAAUGAUACGCUGGUCUCGGCACAAGGCAAAUUUGAGCUCGGCCUGUUCAGCCCUGCUGGCAGCUCCGGCGGCAGGCUCUACCUCGGGAUCUGGUACAAGAACGUCCCCGUCCAGACCGUCGUCUGGGUCGGCAACCGCGCUGCCCCCCUGUCUGCCGUCGCCUCCACCGAGCUUCGUGUGUCUACCGAAGAUGGUAACCUCGAGCUCGUCGGCCCCACCAGCGCCUCUGCCUCGCCGGUCGUCGUGUGGUCUUCCAACCUGUCGCCUUCGUUGCCGGGCUCAAACACGGCGGAGAUCCGCGACGACGGCAACCUGGUACUUCUUGCCGGCGGCAACACCUCCAACGUGCUGUGGCAGAGCUUCGACCAUCCGACGGACACGCUGGUGCCCGACGCGUGGGUCGGGGAGAACAAGCUCACCGGCGAGUACCAGACGCUGACGUCGUGGCGCAACGCCCAAGACCCCGCGCCUGGGAUGUUCACCGACACGGUGGACCCCAACGGCACCAGUGAGUUCUUCUACAUGUGGAACCACUCCCGUACGUACUGGCGUACCGGCAUGUGGACGGGCCGCACCUUCGCGACCAUGCCGGAGGUGAGGAACAAUGUCCUCGUCAACACGACGUACGUCGAGACGCCGGCGUUCCGGCGAGUCAGCGACAUACUCUACGACAAUGCCACCAUCGCGCGCUUGGUGCUCGAUCUCACCGGACAGGCGAAGCGGUACAUCUGGAUGCCCGGGAGUCAGAGCUGGCAACUCUACUGGGCGGCGCCCACCUUGCAGUGCGAUGUGUACGCGCUCUGCGGCGUGUUCGGCGUGUGCGACCAGAGGAGCCAGCUGCCGUGCCGGUGCCUGCCCGGGUUUGCUCCGGCGUCGGAGGUGGACUGGACGCUCAACGACUGGAGCGGUGGCUGCCGCCGGAGCUCGUCGCUCACGUGCGCGAACAACGGGUCGACGACCGACGGUUUCCUACCUCUGCCGGACGUGAAGCUUCCCGACGGCGACUCGCUCGCCGUCGGCGCCGCCCAGAGCAAAGCAGAGUGCGAAUCGACAUGCCAAAGCAACUGCUCUUGCCAGGCCUAUGCCUUCUCCGCCGGGGCCAAGGGGUGCACCGUCUGGCACGAAGAGAUCCGCAACCUUGAGCAGCUCUACGCGGAUUCCGGCGUCUCCGGGUCAGACCUCCAUCUCCGGCUUUCACAAGAAGGACUGGAUAUUCUACAUGGCGCAGAUAGCAAGAAACGGGGGAGAAGGUUAGGGCUUGUUGUUGGCAUCCCAUUGGCCGGUCUUGCAGCAUUAGGCGCGUCGGUGAUACUGGCCUGGAGGAUUCUCCUUGCUGGGAGGAGACGACUGGCCAGCAUGGAAAACGAGAAGGGGUCCUCCUUGGUCGUGUACAGUUACAGCGACCUCCGUGCCGCCACGAAGAACUUCUCGGAGCGGCUGGGCGGCGGCAGCUUCGGCUCGGUGUACCACGGUGUCCUAAAGGGAGGGCAUAAGGGUGACAAUGCAAUUCAACACCAAGUGGCAGUGAAGAAGCUCGAAAGUCUUGGACGGCAAGGCGACAAGCAGUUCCGGACGGAGGUGAGCACGUUGGGGCUUAUCCAGCACGUGAACCUCGUCCGGCUCCUUGGCUUCUGCUCGGCGGGCGAUGAGAAGAUGCUCGUGUAUGAGUACAUGCCUAGAGGCUCCCUCGACCGUUAUCUUUUCGGCGGCGGCGCGAGCCUGAGCUGGCGAGAACGACAUUGUAUCAUGGUCGGCGUGGCCAGAGGGCUGGCUUACUUGCACCAUGGGUGUCACGAGUGCAUCAUACACUGUGACAUCAAGCCGGAGAACAUCCUGUUGGACGAGGACAUGUCCCCGAGGAUCGCCGACUUCGGGAUGGCGAAGCUGGUAGGAAGGGACUUCAGCCGCGCGCUGACAACGAUGCGAGGCACCAUCGGAUACCUAGCGCCGGAGUGGAUCUCCGGUCAGCCUAUCAGCGCCAAGGCGGACGUCUACAGCUUCGGGAUGGUGCUCUUUGAGCUCAUCUCCGGACGACGAAACUCUGAUGGGUAUAGCAUGGUGGAGGUCGCAGGGAGUGGGAACAGUGAUUCGUGGACAUUCUUCCCCUUGUGGGCUGCUGGAAAGGUGGUGGAAGGAGAGGUGAGCGCCGUGGCAGACCCGCGGCUGCGCGGCAACAUGAGACCGGAAGAGCUGAAGCGGGCGUGCUGGAUUGCAUGCUGGUGCAUCCAGGACGAGGAGGCGCAACGGCCGACCAUGGCGCAGGUCGUGCAGGCGUUGGAGGGCGCCAUCCAGGUCCACGCACCGCCGGUGCCGCGGGCUCUGAAACACCUCGUCACGCUCACGUAAGCCACACAUGGCAACCGCUCCAAUCUUAUUACACACGGAAUUGUUCAGCACAUGUGCGGACCGAAAUUACGCGUGGGAGACUUUCCCGUGACAUGAGAAAGUAGUUUAGUGUGCCAAGUCAUGAAAAAAAGGGAGGGAAGGAAGCACGACCAGUUCAACAGCUACAAACAAGUCCAACAAAUCAAAUCUACAAACACUCAAGUUCAACAUGAUGACCGCCACUAACAAGGAGCUAAAGAAGGAUUAGAUGUCCUAAGCUUGUCAUUUUCCAUCCUUGAUUUGAUCGAUGACACUUUGCAAUGGCGUGAAGCGAUUGUUGAACACCGAAUUUUUCCUCUCGCGCCAAAUGGAGAACCGAUCAACAUGAGAAAGUACUUUUGUGUGGCAGACGCUUUUUUUUAGUCCGAAAGAUAUUUUGGUAGAUCACGAGACCAUUCUCAAGAUAGUGACUAUAUGGCUAAGCUCGCCACUCGUGGCACAUCCUUUUUAUCUAGGUUGGAGUUGUUCAAACGUCCAUUUAGAUAGAUUGAGAAGAAAGUGAAUAGAAUGUACCAAUAGUCACUGAAGUUGACUGCCUCCUUGACUUUUGUCAUUGUACUUAGAAAAGUAUAAUUACCUUCAUUAAGGUUUA